AUGGCACAGUCAGAAAAAGCCGUUCAACAGGUGCCGGUGAAGGAAGCGUCCGGAUACGACUACCACAGCUUGCCCGACUGGGACAAUGACUUCGUCGACGACGAGGCGAUCCAGGCCUUUGCCAAGGCAAUCAAGCCGGUGAGCGCACUCGCAACAUCACCGUCAGAGGAGGACCUCGCCAGCCCGCUUCCAAGAAAGACAAAUACCGAGUUCAUCACCGCCUUGAACGAUUGGCGACCAGUCCGUCAGCGUCAAAUCCGCGCCAAGGCCCGAAGAGGCAAGAAAAGACCACGCAGGGACGAGACAAGAGAAGGCUGGACCUAUGGACUCGUCAAAUACCCCCUGCUUUUCUUUGUAUGCGGCUGGAUCGCUUGGCUCGGCUUCAGCUACCUCCUAACGAGAUUCUACAUCUAUCUAUACGAACAAUAUGUCACCUGGCGAGGAGCAAGAGACAAGUUGAGAAAGCAGCUGAGGGUGCAAAGGAGCUACGAGGGCUGGGUCGAGGCAGCAAAAGAACUGGAUAAACAUUUGCAGAACGAUGAGUGGAAGAAAAUACCUGAGGGUUCAUACGACUACCAGACCUUGAGCUACAUUGGGAAGCAAAUGAAGAAGCUCAGAGAGGAGGCACAGAAGGAUGAGCAAGACUCUACACAGCAGCAAGGUCACUUGCAACGAAGAGCAAUUGACGAGCUCCGAUCCAUCCUUGAGACUUGCGUCAAGAACAACUUUGCUGGAAUCGAAAGUUCGCGACUUUACUGUGAAACAUACUAUGGGACCAAGGACCUGAUACAAAAUUAUAUUGAUGAGACAUCGGCUUCGCUGAGGUUCCUUUUCCAGAGUACCCAGCUAUCGGACUCAGACAAACGUGACAUUGCCCAGCACCUCUCCGCGAACUUUGGACGUACGGCAUUGUGUCUGAGCGGUGGAGCAACUUUUGCAUACUAUCACUUUGGCAUCGCGAAGGCUCUUUUGGACGCGGACCUUCUUCCCAACAUCAUCACAGGGACGUCUGGUGGCGCACUCGUUGCCGCUCUGCUUGCGACCAGAACUGAGGACGAACUGAAGAAGUUGCUUGUCCCUGCCUUGGCACACAGAAUCGUAGCUUGUAAAGAACCGUUUUCGGUCUGGUUUCGAAGAUGGCGAGAGACAGGCGCGCGAUUCGACUCGCUCGAAUGGGCUAAAGCAUGCUCCUGGUUCUGUCAUGGCAGUCUUACGUUCCGCGAGGCAUACCAACGGACUGGUCGCAUUUUGAACGUAUCGUGCGUCCCUUCAGACCCACAUUCUCCAACGAUCCUGUGCAAUUAUCGAACCACCCCAGACUGCGUGAUCUGGUCUGCUGUCAUUGCAUCUGCUGCAGUUCCCGGCAUUUUGAAUCCCGUCGUACUGAUGAAGAAACAGAGCGACGGGACUCUGACAUCGUUCAGCUUCGGCACGAAAUGGAAGGAUGGAUCUUUGCGAACGGACAUUCCCUUGAAGAGUUUGAAUUUGCAUUUCAACGUCAACUUCAGCAUCGUUUCUCAAGUCAACCCCCAUGUCUCAUUGUGGUUCUUCUCAUCGCGCGGGACUGUCGGACGGCCGGUCACUCACCGUCGAGGGCGUGGAUGGCGAGGCGGCUACCUGGGAUCAGCCAUUGAGCAAUUCAUCAAGCUCGAUCUCAACAAAUGGUUGAAAGUCCUCCGGCAUCUCGAGCUCCUGCCAAGACCACUAGGACAAGACUGGAGCGAAGUCUUCCUCCAACGCUUCUCCGGCACAAUCACCAUCUGGCCCAAAACGAAGAUCUCCGACUUCUGGCACAUCCUCUCCGACCCUUCACCGCAACGCCUCGAUGGCAUGAUCCGCGCGGGCCAGCUCGCCGCCUGGCCCAAGCUCAAGUUCAUCAGCAACCGCAUGGCCAUAGAGAAGGUCAUCGAGGAAGCCAAGGAGGCUACCAGACCCCCCGAGCAGCCCUUCCCGACGCCAAUGCCUAAGGAGCGUUUGCGUAGCGUACUCAGCGAGGAGGACCUACAGGGACUACUGGCUAAGGCGCGGGAGAACGAUGGGGUUGUGGAGGUCCCGCCGCAGCUGCUUACACCGGCAGUUCAACGACCGUCGCUUCAUCCACGCCAGGACUCUCCCUCCUUCGCCAAGCGCUUCUCGAACUUGUGGGGUUCUCUGCCGUCGCCACGCAACAGCACGGACACUGCUCGACCGGCUUCGAAGGACAUCCCUGCGUCGUCGUCUGCUGCUGCUGCUGCCGCUACUCUCACCGCCGCCGACGACACGCGCCGCAGCAGCAUGAUGGACGAGCUCGUGCGGCAAAGCAGAGUCUUCUUCGACGACUUUGCGGAUGAGUCUGAGGCGCCCAGCGACGCAGAGGGGAUCCAGUACGAGACGGCGACGGAGGACGAGGAGGGCGGCAGUGAGACCGAUGUGGCGCCGUAG